CCCAAAAGGAACACCUAAAGUUUAGUAGAAAUUUCAUAGCGCGGAAGAGGACGGGGUUGUUCCUGCUACUCGAAUCUGGGAGCCCUAGAAAGUUUCUGGAGACCGCACCUUGCCGGCGGCGGAGGCCCGAAGAACGCUCGCUUAGCUUGUACCGGCGGUGACAAGGAUGAAUCCGUUCGACUCUAGAUACGCCGAUCCAUAUUCAUACAGGGAGAGAAGAAGUGACUUGCUCCAAGCACCGCAUUUCACCGCUCCGUCGGUGAACCCUGCCGGUUUUCAUGGUACGUUCUACCCUCCUCCCACUCAACCCUUCCCAGCCGGUGGUUCAAAUAUACCAUUGAUACCUCCCUAUGGUGGCGGCUCUGGACCAGGGGGGGAGAGAGGGGUUGAUUCUGUGAGUGGAGGUGGCAGAGGACAUGAGGUCGGGGGCCGUGGCAGAGGGCAUGAGUUCGGGGGCCGUGGCAGAGGGCAUCAGUUUGGGGGCCGUGGUAGAGGGCAUGAGGUCGCGGGCCGUGGCAGAGGGCAUGAGGUUGGGGGCCGUGGAGGAAGGGGGGUUGAAGUUAGCCGGGGAGUCAGAGCAGGAGGAGGAAGAGGAGGAUCAGGAGGAAGAGGAGGAUCAGGAGGAAGAGGGGGAGCAGCACGAAGAGGAGGAGGCAGGGAUUUUGGUACCAGGGGGCGAGGUGGCGGGUUUGGUGGUCGUGGUUUUAGUAGUGAAAAGAGGGAUUUUAGCAAACCUAGGGAUGAUCUGGACAACAUUGUGCUGCCUAAGCAGAACUUUCAUGGGCUCAUACCGUUUGAGAAAGACUUCUAUGUCGAGAGCCCUUCCGUUAAGGCCAUGUCGGAGCAGGAGGCGACGCUCUACCGCAGAAGGCGGGAUAUUACGGUUGAAGGAUAUGAUAUCCCUAAGCCCAUCAGGUUCUUCCAGGAAGCUAACUUUCCAGAUUACUGCCUCCAAGUGAUUACAAAAUGUGGUUUUGUUGAACCUACACCUAUUCAGUCUCAAGGUUGGCCCAUGGCUUUGAAGGGGAGAGACUUAAUUGGUAUUGCAGAGACUGGUUCAGGGAAAACCCUGGCUUAUCUUCUUCCAGCAAUAGUUCAUGUUAAUGCUCAACCACGAUUGGCCAACGGUGACGGUCCUAUUGUUUUGAUUCUUGCCCCGACAAGAGAACUAGCGGUUCAGAUACAAGAAGAAGCUGCAAAGUUUGGUUCGCAUUCAAAUGUUAGAAGCACAUGUAUCUAUGGAGGAGCACCAAAAGGACCACAAAUUCGUGAUUUGAAAAGAGGAGUUGAGAUUGUAAUUGCAACACCUGGUAGAUUGAUUGAUAUGCUGGAAGCUUGUCAUACAAAUUUGCGUAGAGUAACUUACCUUGUACUGGAUGAGGCAGACCGCAUGUUGGACAUGGGAUUUGAACCGCAGAUAAAAAAGAUUAUCUCACAGAUUCGUCCAGAUAGGCAGACAUUGUACUGGAGUGCGACUUGGCCAAGAGAAGUUGAGGCUUUGGCCCGACGCUUUUUAAAUAAUCCUUACAAGGUUAUCAUUGGGUCACCUGAUUUAAAAGCAAACCAAUCAAUAAAUCAAUUCAUUGAGGUUAUAUCAGAUCAUGAAAAAUAUCCCAGGCUCGUAAAAUUGUUGGGUGAGUUGAUGGAUGGAAAUCGUAUCCUUAUUUUUCUUGAGACAAAGAAAGGUUGUGACCAAAUUACUCGACAACUUAGGACGAAUGGAUGGCCUGCUUUAUCUAUUCAUGGUGAUAAAGUUCAAGCUGAAAGAGAUUGGGUUCUUGCAGAGUUUAAGAGUGGAAAGAGUCCUAUAAUGACUGCAACUGACGUAGCUGCUCGCGGUCUUGAUGUGAAGGAUAUAAAAUGUGUGAUCAAUUAUGAUUUCCCGUCUAGCCUCGAGGAUUAUGUGCACAGGAUCGGUCGGACCGGUCGCGCUGGCGCCAAGGGAACCGCCUUCACCUUUUUCACCCAGUCGAAUGCGAGAUAUGCCCGGGGCCUUGUCAAAAUAUUGCAGGAGGCUGGCCAGAGUGUUUCUCCUGCACUUGCAGGCAUAGCAAGGUCAAGUGGUUCUACAGGUGGAGGAGCCACAGGAAACUUCCGGUCUCGCGGUCGGGGCUUUGGUAAUAGACCGCUGAGGUCGGGUUCGAAUACUGUUCCACUUGCUGGGAAGAAGGCAUGGUGAUCUCUUGCUUCCAGGUAAGUUAUAAAAGAGGCUACUUUACCGUUAUAUUACAAAGAUUGAAAGAGCUGGUGCAGCUACUUUAGUUCCAGAAUGGCUCUCUUUCAGUGGGUAGCAUAAACGCUUUGCAAGCUUAUACAAUUAUUUUCUAAGUAUUUUUCUUAAGAGGAGCUCAUUCUAUAGCUUGAUUAGUACUAAUUGUAGUUUCUGUAAAUCAAAGAAGGUUUUAGUUAAAUGACCCAAACAUUUUGCUGUGUUCAUACAAACUGUUUUGUAUGAUAAAUACCUUCUUGCACAACUUGGAAAUUUUUGUGAACGCAUUUGGUUACUCAUUGGAUGAUAAUAUAAUUUAGGGUUUGGGAUGGAAA